AUGUCAACACAAAAUACUGCUUGUAAAAGAUUACAAAUUGAUUUAAAAAGAAUGCUAACGGAACAAAUUCCGGGAAUUUAUGCAUUUCCAACAAGUGACAUUUACGUUUGGCGUGGAGUAAUUUUCGGUCCUGCGGAUACUCCAUUCGAGGAUGGUGAAUUUAAAUUACGUAUGGAAUUUUGUGCUCAAUAUCCAUUUAAAGCCUCUAAAGUUUAUUUUACAACGCCUAUUUUUCAUCCAAAUAUCCAAACAAUAUGUUUGGAUAUUUUAAGCAAUCGAUGGAGUUCAACGUAUGAUGUACUUGGAAUAUUAACUUCGAUUUCGGUAAGCAGUUUUUUAUUAUUUUAUUUAUCAAAGGCGCCGCCAGCCGAUGGCAAAGAGGCCGGCAAGUUGCUUGAUGGAGAAUGGAAAAAGUAA